AUUUUCCAUUUAAUUCUGAAUGUAAAGGAUAUAAAUUCAUUUCUCCUAAAACUGGUAAAAUUUUGGUAAAGGAUGACAAGAUUAAAAUAGUUAAAUCAUUGUGGGAUGGUAGUAGUUUUUUCAGUAAAGAUGAUAAAGUUACGAUAAAAGUAAAAUUUGAAGUUCCUUCAGACACUCAAUUACCUGCCAAAUUUAUGCUUAAAACUUCAUCCGAAAUUGGAGAAGCCCUACCUUGU